CGAAUGUUCGUUUUACAUUGGAUGUGCGACAAAAUGCGAGGCAUUGUGCGCCUGACAGCUACGGCCUCCAGCUUUUUCUUUGCCCAAAAAUUCCCACGCGCUCUAACCCAUACGAUGCGUGGACCAAUUCCUUAAUAGAAAUCCCGAAAUUGCCCUUAAAUUCUUUACCCUUCCUUAAUUAAAUGAGUAUUGCUUCGUUUUUGUUUUCUACCUUAAAAUCAUUUCAAAUCUUUCUUCUUUAGUUGAUUCUUCCUCCUUUCUCCUCUGCCUUUGAAACAUUCUGGUGAGUUCGAUCGAAGAAUACAAAGGAGAAAUGGCGACAUUUGAUAUGGCGACGGUGACGAAAUAUCUGGAGGGAUCGAUGCAAAAUUGUUCAUUGAGUAACCAGACAAGGAGUUUCGAAGAUGGUCUCCCGAUCUCAGAUAGAACGUUAGAGAUAAAUUCUCACAUCUCUGUUCCUUGUCAUUUGCAACGGUGUCUUGAUCUCAAGACAGGAGAGGUUUACUACAUAAACCGGAACACCGGAAUGAGACUGACGAAAGACAACAACAACAACAAUGCAUAUGAUGAUUUCAGUGGAGAAUCUGACGUAACUGUGGUUUCAGAAGAAGAUACCUCGUAUUAUGAAAGUGAAGAAUCUUCAUCAGAGUCAUCGUUAGAGAAUCACAAAGAAGAGAAUGAAGUUCUUGUGGUAGCUGGCUGCAAAGCUUGUUAUAUGUAUUACAUGGUACCCAAACUCUUGAAAGAUUGCCCUAAAUGUGCAGCUCAGCUUCUCCACUUUGAUCGACACCACUCUGCUUCUCCUUAAACGUCUUUUUUAUCUUUUUUUUUUCAUUCUUCACAUAGAUUUGUAAGUUUCCCAUUUUAUUUAUUCCUCUCUUUUUCAUCUCUUUAAUCGUAUAUGUAUGAACUAUUUGUCGUGUUGUACUUGUAUCUCGAUCGCAUUAACACGAGAUUUGAUGGCAAUGUUUCAAACACUAGAUAACAACAACAAACAAUACGAAUCAGGCUUAGA